AUGGAGUUAAAGAGCAUACUAGGAUAUCUUCAGAACAAGACCAUUUUGGUUACUGGGGCCACUGGCUUCCUUGCAAUGGUAUUUGUGGAGAAAAUACUGAGAGUUCAACCAGAUGUUAAAAAGAUCUAUCUUCUUUUAAGAGCUUCGGAUACCAACUCAGCCACCGAUCGGAAGUAUAAUGACAUUAUAGGGAAGGAGUUGUUCAGGGUUCUCAAGGAGAUAUUGGGUCCAGAUUUUGAUUCAUUCAUAAUAGAAAAAGUUGUGGCUAUCCCAGGAGAUGUAACUUCUGAAAAUCUAGGAGUGAAAGAAUUCCAAUUGAGAGAAGAAAUGUGCAACGAAAUACAAAUCAUACUUAACUUUGCAUCAACAACUAAUUUUGAUGAAAGAUAUGAUAUUGCGCUAGACGUGAAUACAUUUGGAGUUCUUCAUUUGUUGAGCUUUGCAAAGAAAUGUUUAAAACUAGAGAUGCUUCUCCACAUAUCAACUGCUUACGUGUGUGGUGAAAGGGAAGGACUCAUACCAGAGGACUCAUCUUCAUUUAUGGAUGAGAAAGUUAAAGGUACCACCAAAUUUAAUUUCCAAGUACAGGAAAAGAAGGUUGUAGAGGAGAAAUUGAAUGAACUAAAGGCAGAAGGUGCUUCAGAAGAAAAUAUCAGAAGCACCAUGAAGAAUUUUGGCAUUGAAAGGGCUAAACUUUAUGGAUGGCCAAACACCUAUGUAUUUACAAAGGCAAUGGGAGAAAUAUUUCUUGAGAACUCAAAAGGUAAUCUACCUCUAGUCAUCAUCCGUCCAACUGUGGUUACUAGUACUUAUAAGGAGCCAUUUCCAGGUUGGAUUCAAGGUUUCAGAACCAUUGAUAGCGUUAUUGCUGGUUAUUGCAAAGGAAAACUGACAUGCCUCCUUGCUGAUCCUAUGUCAGUUUUUGAUAUGAUUCCUGUUGACAUGGUGGUAAACUCAAUUAUUUCUGCUAUGGUUGUGAAUGCAAAUCAACCUUCUAUUGUCAUUUACCAUGUGGGAUCCUCAUUUAGAAAGCCUAUACAAUUUUGUGAUAUUCACAAUUUUGUGUACCGACACUUCACCAAAAAUCCGUGGGUUAACAAGGAUGGAAACGCUACUAAAGUUGGCAAUUGUACAAUGUUUAGGACUAUGUCUUCUUUCCGAAUGUACAUGCAAAUUUGCUUCAGGAUACCUUUGCAGGGAUUAAAGUUCGUAAAUAAAGCUUCAGGCCAAUAUUUCGAGGACAUAUAUGUUAACUAUAGUCGGAAACUCACAUUGGUGAUGCGCUUAGUAGAGCUAUACAAACCCUACAUGUUAUUCAAGGGCAUAUUUGAUGACAGUAACUCAAAGGAGCUGCAAAAGUUGACAAGUGAGUGUUACAUAGACGCAAAGGAAUUUAACUUUGAUCCGAAAUGCAUUGAUUGGGAAGACUAUAUUAUGAAUACUCACAUACCUGGCCUCCGAAAGCAUGUUAUGGUCUAAUGAUAACUUGAAGAAUUGUAAUAACCAAUGUACCCUUACGCAUGUGUGAAGUGCAUAUCCUUGUAUCAUUUCCUACCUUAUCGAUUGUGAUGAAGAUCGUCAAUAGCGUUAAGUAAUUAUA